GAGCUAGUUACAAACGAACCCGCGAACGGUAAACGUUGGAUCCCACACAUAAACAAAACGGAACAGACAUUUGAAAAAAAAAACAACAAACAUAAACAGUAACAGACAACGGCGAUAGACGAAGUGGUCUAUUAGUAUUAUAUCGCUUUGGUUGGAUGGGAAGUGCGGACGGUGAAAACCGGAAGUGGCAUUUCUGGAGGGUCGCGUCGGUUUUUCGUGAAAAAGAGCGCGCGGCCACCUGUAGAUUUUCAGCGUGCGGAAGAAUCGCAGUUUAUUUUUGGAUUCUUCGUUUAAUCUACUCUUGUUGGUAUAUAUCUAUAGAUAUAUCUGUUGAUAGAUAGAUACUUCAUUAUAUUUUCUGCUGCUGCUGCGGAGUGACGUAAAAACCUGGCCGAUUCCAGUUAAAUCCGUGAAUCAUUCCAUCAAUGAAACACGCGCGCCGAGUUUCAUAUGGUUUUUCGUCUCGAUCGCCGGAACCGACGGAAACGGUCGGGAUUCUUGCCGCGGCACGCGACACUCUAAUUUCCGGCUGAAGGAUUCCCAGUGCGGAGAGGACAGCAGUAAUAGUUGUUCGCGGAAGGAAAGAAGGCGCGAGGAACUUUGACGCGCCGUCAAGAGCUAAACCCGAAUGCAUCUACCAGUGUCCUUAAACAAUCUGAGCAGCGGCAGCAGCAGCAGCGAGGACGCCUGGCCUAAGGUGGGCACUAGGAUGUGCGAACCUUCGUCCGGUGGUUACGCGAGCAGCCAGGACCUUUGGUGGACGGAGCAUCUGGUGCUGGAGGCGCAGCAGGAGCAUCCGGAUAAGCUCGUUCGGACUGGAAGUCCGUACUUUUUGUGCUCUGCCCUUCCGACACACUGGCGAUCCAACAAGACUUUACCGGUGGCCUUUAAGGUCGUGGCGUUAGGUGACGUCGGGGACGGCACCGUCGUCACCGUCAAGGCCGGCAACGAUGAGAAUUAUUGUGCGGAGCUGAGGAAUUGCACGGCGGUCAUGAAGAACCAGGUGGCCAAAUUCAACGACCUCAGAUUCGUCGGAAGAAGCGGCAGAGGAAAAUCCUUCACCAUAACAAUCACAAUAUCAACGUCGCCCCCGCAAGUGACUACCUACAAUAAAGCCAUCAAGGUCACGGUGGAUGGACCACGGGAGCCCCGUUCGAAAACCAUAGAUGGACAGCAUACCCAAAGACCCUACAUAGACACGGCGUUCCAGUCGCAGUUGCGAUUCCUAGACUUCAAGAGGAAGACCACUUCGUUGACACAACCCUCGGAAAUACCAUCUCAGCCCAGCUACGUGCACGAAAACCAAGAUGUACCGACCAGCUUAAACGGUGGCGUAGGCCAUUGUCCGAGUUCUUGGCCUGAAUAUCCGACGCCGUAUCCAGGAUACAGUCCUCCUCAACCACCAGGUUACUAUGAUCAUCAUCAGGACAACAGCCAGGCCUUGAGUUCUUUACCCACAGUUCUGCCGGAAGCGCAGCACGAGUACGUCAACACCAGCCUGACGUCGCCUCCGACGAGCUUCAACAGCGCCAAAGCGGAGCUGGACCAGAUGAACAUCUGCACGAGCCCCAGGUACACCGAUCCCAACGCCUACUGUCCGAACAACUGGACACCAUCGGCGAAUUACCCUUCCAACUACAACUACUAUCCGCUGAACAAUAAUCCGCAGCAGAUUGCCAAUCCUACCACCAUGGUUUACACGCCGUACCUAUACUCAACCAUCAACCAAAACCAAAUACACCUGCACGUGCACAGCAGUCCGGAGAAGAACGAGCAUCAGAACUAUACGGAAUCCCUUGCCCCCAUACGGGUGUGCACUGACGUUUUAUCCCAAACAGACACUAGCAUGCAACCGCAGAUCGAAAGGACCCCGGUGACGGAUCCCAACAACGUCUGGAGACCAUACUAAAACGGACAUCAACUGCGAUUCAACCGAAUUGAUUUAACUAAAUGCAUAUCAAAAUCUAUGUGAUUCUGUA